AUGAACGGAGCGUUAGAACAUCACAAUGUGUGUGGAGUCAAGCGUAACCCCGCCUCCACGGCCACUUCCCCUCAGACCACCUGCCGCCUUCCUCUACGGAAGACUUACCGGGAGAACAUCAGCCCCCGCGUCCGACCGGGCGUACCUGGAGGAGGAGGAGACAGUGUCCCGUACCCCCGUCCCUCCCCUUCGCCCCCCAAAUCUCCCCUCCCACCCUCCUCAGAGGGGACGGUGAUCGCCAACAUGAAGCUGGAGAAGAGAGGAGGUAGCCCCAGGGAGGGGGGCUCCCACCCCCACACAGAGCCCAGCCGGGAGGCCCUGAGGCUGGGGAACUCCUCCCCCUCCCCUGGCCUAGUGCAGGGCAUCACAAACACCCACCAGCACCCACACUGCCCCCACCUCUCAGACAGAGGGGCGGAGGAGAGGGGGAGAGAAGGGGAUCAUUGGGACAGAGGGGCGGAGGAGAGGGGGAGAGAAGGGGAUCAUUGGGACAGAGGGGCGGAGGAGAGGGGGAGAGAAGGGGAUCAUUGGGACAGAGGGGCGGAGGAGAGGGGGAGAGAAGGGGAUCAUUGGGACAGAGGGGCGGACAUGGGGAGGUAUAAGAGGGUGAGCAGUAAAAACCGCCAGUGGUCAGGGGGGGGUGGAACGUUCAGAAUGGACCAGCAUGCCCCUGGGCCCCCUUCCUCGCCGCCAGACACUUCUUGUUACAGAGACUCAUCACUUCCUGCUAAGCGCUGUAAGUCAGACUCUCCUGUCAUGGACAUGGACAACGCCUCCUUCUCCUCUGGCUCUCCGCCACACGAUGAGUCUCUUAACGAGCACCUGCAGUGUGCCAUCGACUCCAUCCUCAACCUGCAGGGCCAGGCCCAGGGGCCCACGCCGCGCGGGGCCAAAGGGGGCUCCGCCAGGCCACACCACCACCACAGUCAGCGACCCAUGGCCCCCCAGCCCUCCUCACACACAUACAGACCCUCAGUCUCCUCUUCAUCCUCUCUGGUGCCACAGACUCACAGCAGAUAA